AUGGGCUGGAGCAGCCGACUGUGUGGUUGUCUUGAGACCGGAGGUGAAGGCCAUAGUGGCCGGAUGUGGGAGAUCGGUGAUGGAGAAAUCGGCGAAGGAGGGUCGGGGUCAAGGGAGAAGAGAAAGAAGCUGCCGGGGGGUAAUGACCAAAUCGCAGACAACAUAAUAGGAGUGCUAUUUGCUGCUCAAGAUACCACUGCCAGUGUCAAGACCUGGAUUAUCAAGUACCUCCACGACGACCCCAAAAUUCUAGAAGCUGUCAAGGCCGAACAAAAUGUAAUUCGCUUAUCAAAUGAACAAGCAGGUAACCAACCAUUGAGUUGGGCACAUACUAGAAGCAUGCCAAUUAGUUUUAAGGUUGUGUUGGAGAGUUUGAGAAUGUCAAGCGUUAUAUCGUUCCUCUUUAGGGAGGCUGUGGUUGAUGUCGAAUACAAAGGUUACUUGAUUCCAAAAGGUUGGAGGGUGAUGCCUUUGUUCAGGAACAUUCAUCAUAAUUCUGAAUUCUUCACCGACCCUCAGAAAUUCGCUCUUUCUAGAUUCGAGGUUGCACCAAAGCCAAAUACAUUCAUGCCAUUUGGCAGUGGAGUCCAUGCUUGUCCAGGAAAUGAGCUUGCUAAGCUGGAAUUACUGAUUAUGAUCCACCAUUUAGUUACCAAAUUCACGUGGGAAAUUGUGGGAUCCCAAAGCGGGACUGAGUAUAGUCCAUUUCCUGUGCCUCUGAAUGGAUUACCAGUAAAACUUUGGAAGUUAGAAUAGGACA